AAGGCGAAACACGACGAUGAAAUGCAAUGUAAAGUCUUUAAUAUAAUCAACACAGAUAAAUCCACAAAAGGGGGACAGGAACAUACGUAUUCAUUGAUGAUGAUUAAUGCACACAAAGCAUAGAACUUAAACAACUUAUAAGGGGUGGCUAAUGAUAGACAGACAGGUGCUCGUGACUAACUAAUAAUUACAAUAACAAGGACAGGAACAACCAAACAAAAAAAAACAGGGAUGGACGGAGAGGGACUUAGGAGGUGGACAAAGGAGUGGACGUGGGAUGGCAACAGGAAGUCAGUGUAGGAGGAGGCUCUGGCGGAGGACGGACUCCUGGGAGGAGGACAUAAAAUAUCCAGGGUGGUGAUGCGGAGGAAGGUGCCAAGGAGGAGACAGAAGGGACCCGGAGCAGUAGGAGGCAGGCGAGACCCAGGCUGCAGCCAUGAUGGCAGCCCACGGCGGAGCCGACAGAGGGAGGUGCCAUGGUGGAGGAAGGGCUGACGACUCCAGGGGGCCCACCGACGGUGGCAGAGCAAGUGGAGGUGAAGCCCGAGGUGGAGACGGAGAGCCGACGAGUCCAGGUGACACCGAGGAUCCGGAGAGCCAAGGUAGAGUCCAAGGCUAAGGCCACCGAGGGGGAGAUCCGGAGGUGCAACAGAGGACUGAAGCAGAGCUGGAGAGAGGGAGGAGCCCAACGGAGCCGGUGGGACGGAGCGACGAGGCACAGCCGGAGGAGGAGGACAUGAGGGAGCCAGGAGCCGGGGUGGGGCCGCUGGUUCAGAGGGCCGAGCCGCUGGGUCCAGGACUCGGAGGCUGGAGGCGGAGACGAGGGAUCCUCCAGCCACGACGUCCAGUCUUCUGUCACAACACGUGAGGGGGAAGGCGAAACACGACGAUGAAAUGCAGUGUAAAGUCUUUAAUAUAAUCCACACAGAAGAAUGGCACAGAUACGGAAGCUGGGCUGUGAUGGGAUGAGGACCAACUCUCGACCAGAGCUCAAAGUACCCCAAGUAUCAGCCAGACAAGAGAUCCUCACCAGCCUAGUGUCUGCCUUGGACUCUGUGUGCUCUGCCAUGUCUAAACUGAACGCUGAGGUGGCCUGUGUCACUGUGCAUGAAGACAGCGUGAUCGCUGUGGGAACAGAGAAGGGAAGAAUCUUCCUAAACUCCAGAAAGGAAAUACAGACAGACUUUCACAAGUUCUGCAAAGUGUCUUGUCUGCAAGCAUUGACCUCCAUGAACUCCCACACCAAAGUUCCUGAUGUGGACUGCAGCAGGACUGGCAAAGACUGCGGGCAGCAGGGCAGACAGAGAGCCUUAACAGACACUCAUUCCAACAUCUUUGUCCUGAGGAAGAUGGUGGAGGAGGUGUUCAGUGUCCUUUACAGUGAGGCUGUUGGGAAGAGCAGCCUGGUCCCUGUGCCUUAUGACUGGAUUCUCAAGGAUCCCAGCUCAGUGGUUGUCUACGGCUUGCCUGAUGGUGUAACUCUGAGAAAGCCUUCGGAAUAUGACACCAAGACCUUAAUGAAGAUCUUAGAGCAGAGCAACCGCAUCCGCUUCAUAGUCAAAAGAACACCAGAGGAACCCUCUCGGGAUGGCAAAUCCUGUCCGGAAGUCAACCAUCACUCUUCGACCUCAAAGAGCGUAAGCAACCACGCCUCUGUCAAACCCUCCGUGCAGGAAGCGUCUGCUAGCAACUCCAUGCUCUCCAGCUUCCUGUACGGCAUGCCCAUGUCCUCCCAGCCCCACCCAGACAGCAAGCUGGACCUGAAGCCCACAUCACUGCACAGCAUAGGUAAAGAGAGGCUGGGCAUGUGGGCGUCUGCUGACGAGAAAACGGUUCAGGCCAAGGAAUGUGCUGACAAUGGCGAGCGAGUAGGGCUGGCAGCGGAUCUUACCCAGAGCCCUCCCAGCAUCCAUGUCUCCAAGCGCCUUCUGUUCUCCAUAGUGCAUGAAAAAUCAGAAAAAUGGGAUUCGUUCAUCAGGGAGACUGAAGAUAUCAACACCCUUCGAGAAUGUGUUCAGAUCCUGUUCAACAGCAGAUAUGCUGAAGCAUUAGGCCUGGAUCACAUGGUUCCUGUGCCGUACCGGAAAAUCGCCUGUGAUCCUGAGGCAGUAGAGAUCAUUGGAAUUCCAGACAAGAUUCCCUUCAAGAGACCGUGCACCUACGGUGUGCCUAAACUCAAACGAAUCCUGGAAGAAAGGCAUGCUGUCCGCUUUGUUGUCAAAAGAAUGUUUGAUGAACGGAUUUUUACCGCUGCUGGUAAAGUAGCUAAGGAGGAGGGCAAACAGGAUGGUGUCGCCCCUGAGGACGGUUUCCCAGAUGGCCUCAGGGUACCAAGCUCUUCUCUAGAGCUGAUCAGCAACACUCAUAGUAGCAGAUCAACAAGCUCCUGUGUCAGUCCUUUGGCUGAGUGUGAAGCAGGACCAUCUGGGGACUGUCUGCCUUUGAAAAAGAUCAAAACCGAACCCCCAGAUGGUGAAAUUAUCCAGGUGACAGUGCCAGAGUCCAGUGCUCCUACAGAAGAGUCAAGUGAGCCUCAGGCGGAGCGGGUGACCCCUGACCUCUGUCUUCCCAAGGAGCCUGUAGCAGAAGAUUUAACGCCGAAGUCUACACCGCAAGGGCUCAAGAGAGCUGUUGAAGAAGACAUCGGAGAGAUGAUCCUUCAGCUGCGAAAGCAAGUCGAGAGCCUGUUCAGCUCCAAGUACAGCGAGGCUCUUGGUCUGCCUGAACCGGCUAAAGUGCCGUAUUCCAAGUUCCAGAUGUAUCCAGAUGACUUGUAUGUCACAGGGCUGCCAGAAGGGAUGACUUUUCGAAGACCGAACUGUUUUGGAGCAGCAAAACUCCGGAAGAUUCUUGCCGCUAGUAGUCAGAUUACAUUUGUUAUAAAAAGGCCAGAAUUGUUGACAGAACAAGUCAAACAUGAAGGUGUCUCUAAGACGACCUCUGAUUCAGCAGAGACUGACUCCAAAGACCAAUCAGAUGACCCGGGACCUGCCUCCAAAAGACCAGGAUUCUCAGACAGUUUAGAGGCCAAGCUCUCCCGUAUCGACUUGGCGAACACUCUGCGAGAGCAGGUCCAAGACCUGUUCAACAGGAAAUACGGCGAGGCACUGGGCAUUAAGUAUCCUGUGCAAGUGCCUUACAAGAGGAUCAAGAGUAACCCUGGCUCAGUGAUUAUCGAGGGCUUGCCCCCUGGCAUCCCCUUCAGAAAACCCUGUACCUUCGGCUCACAGAAUCUAGAGAGGAUAUUAGCCGUGGCAGACAAGAUCUCUUUCAGCAUUACAAGGCCUUUCCAAGGGCUUAUUCCCAAGCCAGCACCACGGAGAAUAACCAUACUGAAGAAAGGUUACACCUCAAUAAGUGAAGAAGACGAGGUCAACCGGAUGGGAGAGAAAGUGAUAUUAAGAGAACAGGUUAAAGAGCUCUUCAAUAAGAAAUAUGGUGAAGCUUUGGGUCUGGACCGCUCAGUCAUCGUUCCAUACAAGUUAAUCCGUGCCAAUCCCGGCUCGCUGGAAGUGUGUGGACUUCCGGAUGAUAUUCCCUUCAGGAAUCCUAAUACUUACGACAUAGUUCGGUUGGAAAAAAUCCUGCAGGCACAAGAUGAAAUUACUUUCAAUAUCAAAACCCCUCUACAGCCUUUUACAGAGUUAUGUACUCAGUCUUCUAAUAAAGAAGGUAAAGAAGUGUCUACAAAUCGACGCAAACGCAAACGAGUACUUGACAACAGUCAAACAUCCAUGCCCACUGGAGCAGACUCAACACUAUCAACCAAUCAGAUACCCGUCAUGCAAUGGCCCAUGUACAUGGUGGACUAUAGCGGAGUGAAUGUUCAAGUUCCUGGAAAAGUCAAAUACUAAUGAACUUUCUGAUGCCGUACAGAAGACUUGUACCAUUAAGGGACUUUUUUUAAACCUGACGUUUCUGAAUGCUAAAUUCAGCUGUGGCAGAUCCCGCGGCUCGCAUAUGGAGACGCCUGUGUGUUCUGGCAGGUAUUAGAGAGUGUGAACUGUUGGAUGCAGUUGUUUCUGAAUGAAGUGCUAAUGAUGGAGAAACACAGCAGUAAGUCAAUCUGCCAGUGCUUUAUUACUUAGAGGAAUAGUACUCACCCUCAUGCCAGUCCAAAAACGACUGCUUUUGACUGUUUUGUGGAACGCAAAAAUAUGUCAUGUAAAAGAAGAUUUGUUCUGUUUGAGUAUUUGUCAGAAACUGUUAUUGAAAGGAACAGUUCAUCUAAAAAUGUAAGUCUGCUGAUGGUUUACUCACCCACAGGCUGUCCAAGAUGUAGAUGAGUUUGUUUCUUCAUCAGAACAGAUUUGGAGAAAUUUAGUAUAACUUGCUCACCAACGGAUCUUCUGCAGUGAAUGGGUGCCGUCAGAAUGAGAAUCCAAACAGCUGAUUAAAAACAAUCCGCACAACUCCAAACCAUCAAUUACCAUCUUACGAAGUGAUAAACUGCAUGUUUGUAAGAAACAAAAGACGUUUGAGGCUAAAAUACCAGUGCAUAAUCCAUAAUAAUGCUUCUUUGUAUGUUUUGAACUGUAUACUGCAUACUUUUCUCCUAAUUCAGAUGAGAUAAUUUUUCACUGGAGAUAAAAAUGUCUUAAUGUUGAAUUUGUUACAAACCCACAGAUUUUUACUUCACAAAACAAUAUUUGAUGUACUGGAGUUGUGUGGAUUACUUGUGGAUUAUUGUGAUGUUUUUAUCAGAUGUUUGGACUCUCAUUCUGACGGCACCCAUUCACUGCAGAAGAUUCACUGGUGAGCAAGGUGAUACUAAAUUUCUCCAAAUCUGUUCUGAUGAAGAAACAAACUGAUUUACAUCUCGGAUGGCCUGGGUUUGAGUGCAUUUCCAGCAAAUUUUCAUUUUUGGGUGGACUAUUUCUGUAAGUGUUCCACUGGAAAAGUAAUGACAUAGAGGCUCGAAGGGACAUGAGGGUGAGUGAAUAAUGACAGAACUAUUCCUUGAGGAGAUUGUUUGUAAAAGGAGUAGCCGUUAUUUACGUAUCAGAUGAACUAUAUUGCUUUGCCACCAGGAUUUGUAAUAGCAGAUCCUGGGCACAAUCAUGGUUAAAUAACCAUCUCAUAAAGAGCAGUAAGAACGGGAUUUGGGAUUCGCGUUUUUCCCCAAAUACGUCAAAUCACUGUUGGUAUACACAGCCUUGUUUGGUGCCGAGAGCUCGUACAGUAUGUGCAUACUGGAUACGACUCCUGUAGUUAUCUGGGUCUCAUGCCUUGCAAAUGUUUGUAUUGUUAUUUAUUUAUUUAUUUAAAUAAAAACUUGUAUAUGCAGGGAAUGUAAUCUACCGCAUUCAGUACAGAGCAUAAAGUACUGAAUGACACGACUAAUGAUGCUAAAAACAGCUAGCUACUGUACGUAUUCAGAAAGAAACAUCUGCUUCAGGUUUUGGAAAGCCCUAACAUGAUAGCACUAACUUAUAUUCAACCGAGAGACUUUUUGUAUUAUUUUAGCUUUGUAAGUUACUCUUAAGUUCGUUCAAGUAAGGCAAAGUGAGGUAUUUCCCGGAGAAAACAUCAUGAAUGUAUUGUUUGUAAAGGAAAGAAUGCUAUAAUGUUAUUAUGUAAUGACUGUCUCUGGAAUCGCCAGUAUUUAUAUGCUGUACCUUAAUGCCAUUUAGGCCUUUCAAAUAAAAUGUGUUGCCUUG